CCUGUAAUAGUGACAUUCGUAGCCGGCCUAGCAAAAUUAAAGCAUUCUGCAACAACAGGCUUUAGUUCAUCUUAUAACGUUAUCACAAAACGGAAAAACUCUACAAGUGCCAUUGAAGCCAUCUAUACGCCGCUCUGCAUCAAAUCUCUAUUCUUACAGAUGAGUAAAGAAGAUCACGAUCGAGAACGAACUCGUUGGCUGUUGCGCCUCGAAGAUAUCGAGACACGACUAGCCGAUUCGGAAACGCUCAAUUCUGAUAUGCAUCAGAUUAGAGCGGAACUAAACAAAAAAAUUGUCGAGCUGGAGAGGAAUCAAAAACCUUUGAUAGAACAGAAUCGCAAAAUCAACGAUCGGAACAAAAUUCUUCAGCAGGAGGUUAAGAAACUGGAGCAAAAACUCUGUCACUGUCAAGACGACUUUUUAACACUUAAAAACGCUCAUGAGCGAUUAGUGAAGGAACACACGCAACUGAAAGAAAAGAGAACAUAUCCGGAAAAACUGGAAGAGCUGGAGAGAUAUCGUGUGCAAGUGCUGGAAUAUUCAAAGUGCAUAACAGCGCUGAGGAGUUCAGGAUUGGAAAAGGAUCGGCGCUAUGAAUUGCUCGUGCAGAAACUCAAGCGGUUACGGAAAUGUUUGAAAAAAGGAGAACCGGAUGAUGAUCGCCAAAGGUAUUCAUUCAACACGGACAUUGAUAUUAACUACCAAACUCUUUAUCGUGAGAAUUCGGAGCUGCAAAAAGCACUUCAGGUUUGUGGGGUGUGUGUGUGUGUUUGCGUGUAUGUAUUUAUGUAUUUAUGUAUCCAUAUUUCACAUCUCGGACACCUAAAGAAUGUGGCUGCGUCACAAGCUGACCGUAUUCGUCAACUUGAGCAGCAAAUUGAGGACAUGGACAGAGAACUAUGCGCUUCUCGUGAAGCCCACGAGCUGCUUGAAUUCCAAGUACUAGAAAAAGAAGAGAAUAGCAAAUUUCUGGUGAGCAUGUAA